CGCCCGGCCCAGUCCUUUAGACUCUGGCCGUGCGGAGACUCGGAGACUGCGCGCUCUGUCUCCACCUUAUAAAGAGCCCAGCGCUGGGCGGCAGGGAGGCCGGGAGGCGGGUACCGGGCUCCACUGAGUCGGGGGGCGCCACCUGUCGUGGCCGGUGCGCGCACUGCGGGAACAUGGGCCGCUACUCGGGCAAGACGUGUCGCUUGAUCUUCAUGCUCGUGCUCACGGUCAUCUUCUUCGUGGCCGAGCUGGUGUCAGGCUACCUGGGCAACUCGAUCGCGCUGCUCUCCGACUCGUUCAACAUGCUGUCGGACCUGAUCUCGCUGUGCGUGGGGCUGAGCACCGGCUACAUCGCGCGCCGCGCCCCGGGGGGCUCCCGGGCCACCUACGGCUACGGGCGCGCCGAGGCGGUGGGCGCGCUCAGCAACGCCGUCUUCCUCACUGCGCUCUGCUUCACCAUCUUCGUGGAGGCGGUGCUGCGCCUGGUGCGGCCCGAGCGCAUCGACGACCCCGAGCUGGUGCUCAUCGUCGGCGCCCUGGGGCUGGCGGUCAACGUGGUGGGGCUGCUCGUCUUCCAGGACUGCGCCUCCUGGCUCGCCUGCUUUCGCUGCCGCCGCCGCCGCCGCUGCCGCCCGCCGCAGGUGGCAGAGGGCGGCGCUGGCGGCGGCGCUUUCGCGGGGCCGCAGGGCGGUGCCCACCCAGACUCUGCCGCGACCCUUCGCGUGGCCUCGCUGGGAAAGACCGCAGGGAAGGGGGCGAUCGUGUUCGCCAACGUAGCAGGUGACCCCCUGAACGCCCAGAAUGAGCCAGAAGAGACGAUAAAAAAGGAGAAGAAGUCAGAAGCCCUGAACAUCAGAGGUGUGCUGCUGCACGUGAUGGGAGACGCGCUGGGGUCAGUGGUGGUGGUCAUCACGGCCAUCAUAUUCUACGUGCGGCCCCUGAGAGAGGAGGACCCGUGUAAUUGGCAGUGCUACAUCGACCCCAGCCUGACGGUCGCCAUGGUCAUGAUCAUCCUGUCAUCUGCCUUCCCACUCAUCAAGGAGACCGCUAUCAUUCUGCUGCAGAUGGUCCCCAAAGGGGUCAACAUGGAAGAGCUGAUGGGGAAGCUCUCCGCCGUGCCGGGCGUCCGCAGCAUUCACGAAGUGCACGUCUGGGAGCUCGUCAGCGGGAAGGUCAUCGCCACCCUGCACAUCAAGUGUCAGAAGGACGGGCGAUACCAGGACGUCAGCACAAAAAUCCGAGAGAUCUUCCACCACGCGGGCAUCCACAGCGUGACCAUCCAGUUGGAGACCUGCGACCCGCAGGAGCCCCCGGAGCAGAAGGACCUGCUGUCGCUCUGCAGCGCGCCCUGCGUCUCCAAGGGCUGCGCCAAGCUCCUGUGCUGCCCGCCGCCCGCGCUGCCGCUGGCGCACGUCAACGGCUUUGCGGAGCACAACGGCUGUGCCCCGCCAGACACGUCCCGGGGGGGAGGCCUCGGUAGAGGAGAAGUUACGGACGCGGUUAUUGAUGUGUCUUCGGGUGGCUGUGUGAGUGGUCACGGACAACAAGCUUUUACCAAAACGCAGGGGGACCGGUGUUAUGCCAACAGCACGCAUUUCUGACCUGGGACCCCCGCACGCAGCCUGGACAGAGGAGGCGCUUCGUGGAAAGAGGCGGGUGUGUCGCAGGCGCUGACCACGCCCACGAUGCGCCCUGUCUGGGGUCAGUGAGGGGCUGGCUCUUUGGGAUGUUCACCGACUGACUAUUAAUUUUUGCAUGACCGAUCAGGUGACCCUGUACAGGAUCCUGGGUGCCUCACGCGGCUCGUCAACAGUUCGAGUUUGCUCCUUUGUUUUCUGACGCCACCUGCACUCGUGUGUCUAUGUAUCAGGGAGAGGUGAGGCUGGGACUCAGUGAGUGUGGGCACAGGACUCAAAGAAGUGUCUGUCUGACACCGACUGGAACUUCCAGCUGACUCUCAGCAGAGCUCAUGGCCAAGUACGCGGCAGAAACUUAGGAACCGUAAUGGCUGCUUUUUCCCCGUGCCACUGGAAGAUUAUAAAAGAGGAAAAAAUAGUCUCAUCACUGUGGCCAUUUUCCCUUCAACUAAUUUUUAAAUAAAUGUAAAAUGGGUGCCCAUUCAGAUGGAACAUAAUCUCAGAACAGUAGAGGAAGGAGAGUUUAUUGGGGGUUGGCGAGGCCAGGAAGAAAAUACUUUUUGACCAUUUCAUUUUGUGAAGUGGAAAAAAAAAUGUUUACUUUCUACUGUGAACUGGGUGUUUCAAAUGUUUAAAUAUAUAAAACAUUUUUCUUUUUUCACUUGGCACUAUAA